ACUUAAACCACGCGCGCGCCAGCAACCACAAGCAGCAACUUGUUCCAUCUUUUCACUUUCCUCUAUCUCAACGCCAUCUCUCAAUGAUCUCAGUGCCAGGCCGUGAGGUCCUGCAGGUGAUGAAACGAGUCGAUAUUCAGAAGUUAUGCAAAGAAUAUGGUGUAAAGGCGAACCUCAAGACAGAAGCUUUGAUAGAGCUUUUGCUUGAUGCGUCCCAACCCCAACCUUCCCGAAGGAUCCUUCCACAGCCGCCUCAGCGAUCUACAUCUGUCAGAAUAAUAAGUCAACCCGGUGAUAGACCUCGCGGGCGCUCUAAUGGAUCUGUAAUCAUCCAUGAUACCGACGAAGAGGGAGAAGAAGCUAUCGGAGAAAUAGAAGUGGAACAGCAGCCGAAAGAACAUAAACCUCCGUCGGCCCCUGUUGAUCCCACCCCGAGAACCCGCAAAGCCAAAGAUACCCAAUAUCGUCUUGGUGUCGGUCGACCAAUCAUUGCCGGAGGUAGUGGCGCUCGUGCUGUGACUAAAUCUGUAAGUGUCUCGCGAGGGAGCAAGAAGGCGAAAAGCAUGAAAAAUGUCAAGCCAUCAGAAGACCCUAUCGCUGAAGAGCCAGAGCCAAUCCCCGCUUUAACAUCAUCAGAACAAGCAGAAUCGAGCGAUUCUUUGCUAGUGCCCAAGCCACACUCCACACCGCCACAACCGCAUACCGCAAGCACAACAGAGCCUUCGUACUCACAAAUAGUCGAGAAUGCAGUGGCUGCCGCUCUUGCUCCAGUACAAAAGGAACUGGAUGAUCAGAAAGCUCAGUUGUCUGAGUUGAGAGACAAAGUCUCAGGCAUUAUCGAGACAUUCGAAACACGAAUUUUAGGCCUCGCGGCGGAGAUUGAGGGGCUACGUGCACAAGCACCUGGACAUUGUGCUGGUGAAGUUCAGAGACCCAAAGAAACUCCCCACCGAAUACCAAAUCCUCCGUCAACCCCUAAACGUGUACGCAGUCCAGUCGAUCCUCUUGGCGAUGCUCUGCCAGAGUCCUCAGCAACUUCUAGCGAUUCUCCGAAUCCCAAUGGCUUACUCAGUCAUCAAGAGCGAGAGACAGUCAACCCGAAUCAGGGAGUGUCGCUUCUUCCUGGCUUUCGUACCACUCUUGGGAAGCGCCUUCGAGAUUCUACUGCCAGUACCACUACUACGUUUUUUGAGCUCGGACAAGAGGAAGAACUUUCUGAAAUUGAGAUUGCGAAGAGAAUUGCUCGGCCCGCUCAGAAGCGUGCUAAAUUAAGUUCCACUGCCAUUACGGAGGACGCGGAUGACUGUUCAGGUCCGUCAUCAGGCGCACAGGGUAGUCAAGACACCAAUCCUGGCCUCUCACAACCCUCCGCAAGACCUAGUUUCCCUAUAUUUGGCGAUCCUGAUUACGUAGAGAUGCCUCCGCCCACAGACAGCCUUCUUGAUUUCUUCACACCACCUUCACCUCCAUCGAUGAGCGUGUCCACCACCGUGGGAGCGCCUCUAGAUGCCUUUCGUUUUGGUUGUCUGCCUACAUCAACUCCAGCUCGUUUCACUUUCCCCACUGCAAUGGGAACCUUCCCACAUCCAGAACCCCCCACAUCCCCAUCGCCAGCAAAUAACGUGGAUCGACCACGCAGUCGUCAGUCGGAGCACCUCGGGAUUUUCGGACAUCGUCGUGGUAGCUCUGGAACGAUCGGUAGGGGCGGGCCAGGCGGACCCACAGGCGGACAGGAAAGUAGUCUCAAUUCCUCGAUGUGGGCCGGUGGUAUGCAGAGACAGCCGUCGAGCAAUGAGGUGGCUUCGGGCUUGGGACUGACUGUACUGCGCACGGCGGCGACGGAAGAGGGCACUCCAGUACCUCCCGCACGCCGUACCAUGUACGGGACUGAGUUAGAAGGGGAUACUCGAUUUGGUGAUUUCGGUGUUGAGGGUGUAGCGACUGGCUUUUGGGCUGGAGGUAGGCGCUGAUUGUUUCGUUGGACUUUUAUUCUGCUUUUACUGUCGGUUUCGACUAUCUACCUUUCAUCCUAAUAUACCUGAUUAUCAUUCGUACACACUUGCUGUGUCAGUAGAUCCA